UGCCUAUUUUAGUACCAGCUAGAGGCCAGCAGAUUCCCUGGACUAUUUACCUAGGAGGCAGACACAUUUCAUUUUACAGAGUCUGGAUUUUUCUGUUAAAAUGGGGUCCAUGUUGGCCCUAUUUGUGUUGCUCCUAAUUCCUUUGCAGUGUUUGGCACAAGGAUGUAGAGUAGAGAAUGACCAAGUACAUGUUUCUGAAAAUAAUAACCCUGGUUACAUAGUGACUGGAAUAACUGCUGACCCUGGAUAUGCAGUAUCGAUUUCUACAAAUGGGGCACAUAGUGCAUUUUUUAAAAUUCUGGGAAACGAUUUAAUACUCAAUAAAUCUAUUGAUUAUGAGGAAGGACCUACUGUUUUAAUAGUUCAGCUGCUAUGCACAAAGGAUAAUGUUAUUGUCAAUACAAUACCAGUUACUGUGAUAAUAAUUAAUGAAAAUGAUAAUGCACCGGAAUUCAAAGAUACACAGUUCAAUUUUAGCAUUCCAGAGGAUAUCAGCGUAAACAGCGCCAUUGGUUCAGCAAUUGAAGCUACAGACGCAGACAAUGAUCCGAUUUUCUACGAACUAAGAAAUACUAGUAUGAUGGAAUCUGAAUAUUUUAGGUUGACCUCAAUUAAUAACCCAGUCAUUCUAGUGAAAAAGUCUCUAGAUUACGACCUGCAUAAAAAUAUGCAGCUGUUGCUGUUGGCCAGGGAUACAAAUGAUCCUGGAGUAAACGGAAGUCACACAGCUACAGCAACAAUAAAUAUUGCUAUCCAAGAUGUGGACAAUUUACCUCCUCAGUUUAGGCCCUGCACUGAUAUAGGAAAUAAAAUUUGUAUUAGCGGUGGUUACAAAAGCAGUGUCAACCGUUCUGAACAGGCUACAGGAGCGCUAAUUUUUUCACCUGGCCCAAUAUACGCAGUGGAUGGAGAUGUCAGUUUUAACACAGUCAUCUUAUAUAACAUUGUUAGUGGGAAUGAUGAAAACAUAUUUUCUAUGGACAGUAACAGUGGAAACAUAACCAUGCUCAAAAAAGCUGAUCAGCUAGGAACAAUUUUGUUACAGAUCAUGGCUUUCCAAGAGAAUGACCCCCUUCAAUAUGCCAUAACAACAGUCCAGAUUGAGGUGAAGGAGAAAAACAGUUACCCACCUACCUUUGUGAAGAGCAGUUACUUUGGGCAGAUCCAAGCUUUUUCUGAGAUUGGCAACUUUGUAAUAGAUCUUAGUAGCCCAAACAAACCGCUCCAAGUUUUUGCUACAGACAAAGAUUUCCCAAAUGAACUGAACCCAAGUAUCAUCUAUAAGAUUGAAAAUAACAAUAACUUCACUAUCUCACGUGAUGGAUAUAUCAUAACCAAUACAGAAUUACUCUCUCCAACUUCCAUAGAGUUUUUGGUUAUAGCAAUUGACAGUGUAACCAAUGAUGAAGAUAAAACCACAGUCACAGUGGAAGUUACCCCAGUUCUCACCACGCCUGUAACAACUACUGCAAGUCUAUGGACAACCACUUCAAUUGGGAGCGAUACCUCUAUACUUACUAAUCCUGGCCCAAACAAUACAAUAACUACCAGUUCUGGAACAGGAACCAGUACAAGUUCCAAUCCGGGAACUGGUACCACUACAUCUACUACUCCUGGAACUGGCACCACUACAUCUACUACUCCUGGAACUGGCACCACUACAUCUACUACUCCAGGAACUGGCACCACUACACCUGCUACUCCUGGAACUGGCACCACUACAUCUGCUACUCCUGGAACUGGCACCACUACAUCUACAACUCCUGGAACUGGCACCACUACACCUGCUACUCCUGGAACUGGCACCACUACAUCUACAACUCCUGGAACUGGCACCACUACACCUGCUACUCCUGGAACUGGCACCACUACAUCUACUACUCCUGGAACUGGCACCACUACACCUGCUACUCCUGGAACUGGCACCACUACAACUGCUACUCUUGGGACAGGUACCACUAUGACAACCACUACUCCCAGGACAGGCACCACUAUGACAACUACUCCCGGGACAGGCACCACUAUGACAACCACUCCCGGGACAGGCACCACUAUGACAACUACUCCCGGGACAGGCACCACUAUGACAACUACACCUGGGACAGGAACAACUACAAGAACUAUUCCUAAAACAGACAUUACUUCAACCACCACUCCUGGCACAGGAAGCACUAUGACAACCACUCCUAAGACAGGUAUCACCACUAAUACAACACAUGCAUCAGGCACAAUCACCACCAUAACUACCACUCCUAAUACAGGCACCAUUACAAAUAUCACUCCUGUAACAGGAACCGGUACAACUACUACUCCUGGAACAGGUACCGCUAUGAAAACCACAUCUGGAAGAGACUCCACUACCAGUGCAACUCAUGGGACAGGCACUACUACAACUAGUACUCAGGUUUCAGACACCACCAUGACUAGAACAGGAACCAGUACCAGUCCUGGGGCAGGCACUACCAUCAACAUCACUCCUGGAGCAGGUGUUGGCUCCUCAUCAAACAAAAUCUAUUCUGUCAGAGACAUGGCAGCAGUCGGGGCCUCCCUGGGAGCAGUCCUUGCAGUAUGCCUGGCUGGACUAGGAUUCCUCAUUUACAAGCAAUAUGGAGACAAACUAAGGACAAAGUUCAGAAAAGGCUAUGGAAAAGAUUUUGGCUCCUCUGGCGACGAUGAAUCAGGGAAUAACUCGGGUUCAACAACAGGGACCCCUAACAACCUGAACGAUGAUCUGGAUGGUCCUUUAGUGGAUACCUUGUCUAAUAGUAACCUAACGACAGCACCACUUGCAACCAGCAUUGCAAUAUCAGGUAGUCUAGCAGAUUUUGGGGAAACUGACACAACAGAUAGUAUCUCUGACCCAGAUGACAAGAAGGAAGUGAAGUCUAUCCUUACUAAAGAGUUCAAGGAAGACGCCGGUUACAAGUCUGUUUGGUUUCGAGAAGAUGCAGCUCCAGAAGUUGUUGUUAUUGAGGGAACUGAAGAAGGGGAGGCAGACGAUGAGGAGGAGGAAGAGUAUAACAAUCGUGAAGAUGAUGAUGACGAUGAUGAUGUACCAAGACCCACUUUUAGUACACAGGAAAACAAUGUCAACAUCACUAUACUAUAAUAUUAUCUUCCUUUUCCCAUUUACCAGUUUGAGUGAUUGAUUGCAUAAUGUUAUUUACUUGAAAAAUCAUGUUACUGAUGAAACAUUCAACCUUUGGGUUUUUAUUAAAGAAGUAUUCUAGGAACAGAGAUGUAAAAGCAGUUCACAAAAACAUCUUCUUCAUAUCAUAACACUGCUAGUAUCCAUGUAAUUUACAUUGACCUCAAAGAGAUUAAUUGCAGAAAAAUCAAAUCAAUUAUUGUUUUUGUAUGUUAUGUUUUAUGAGAUUGUGUACAUAAUUGUUAUAUGAUUUUUGAGCGUGGUCUUAGUGUGAAUGGCAUAUGCAGGUGGUGAUGAUAGAGACUUUUUUUUACUCAAAUACCUAUAUGAAACUCAAAAUAAUAAAAAGUGUCAGUAUCA